AUGACUCGGUUUGUCUUAGGCUUUUUAGUGACGGUGCUGGUCUCUUAUGCAGGGGCCACGUCCGUCUUCUCUCCUGCUCGGCCUCCAGCAUUACCCUUGGCAGUCAAGUCGCCGUACCUAAGCACCUGGCUUGCUGCAGGAAGCGACGGAGGUAAUGGAGGAUAUCUGGCCGGGAAAUGGCCAACGUUUUGGGCUGGACAAAUCAAUGGUUGGGCUGGUAUGAUUCGCGUCGAUGGCACCGCUUACACUUGGAUGGGGUUGCCUGGAACCACCACGGUCAACCAGACUUCUUAUGUUUACACAUCCACGAAAAGCAUAUUCACCAUGAAUGUGGCCGACAAAGUGCAGAUGAACAUCACCUUUCUGUCCCCAAUCACACCACAUGAUCUCAAAAGACAGUCGCUCAUUUUCUCUUACGUUGCUGUCGAGGUUGCAUCGCUCGACGGCGAAGCUCAUGAUGUGCAGGUAUAUGCAGAUAUUUCGGCAGAAUGGACAUCGGGGGACCGCACAGCCACUGCAACAUGGGACUAUGGAACCACCGGCAACAAUGUUGCAUACCACAAAGUCAGCCGUCAGACCCCACUCGCUUUCUCUGAGACAAGCGACCAGGCGGACUGGGGAGAGUGGUACUGGGCAACAGAUGAGAACGAGAGUAUGACCUAUCAGUCAGGGAGAGAUGUCGAUGUCCGUGGCGCUUUUACUACGAACGGAACGCUAGGUAAUUCCAAGGAUGCGGAUUACCGCGCAAUCUCGACAAAUUGGCCGGUGUUCGCAUUCGCUCAUGACUUGGGGUCGGUCGACUCACCGGCCGCAGUACUGUUCUCCAUUGGGCUGGCCCAGACCGAUGCCAUGCAAUAUAACGGAACUGAUAACGGUUACGCCCCAUUGCCAUCGCUCUGGACAAGCUACUUUAGUGAUGGCCCUGCAGCUCUGGACUUCUUCCACAACGACUACGAAACCUCCUCUUCUCUCUCCACUGAAUUGGAUAACAAGAUCGCAGCCGACUCUGUAGCCGCAGCUGGUCAGGACUAUCUUACCAUCACUUCACUUACUGUCCGUCAAGCUUUUGGCGCGACCCAAUUGUGCGGCACGACAGCGGACCCUUACCUCUUCAUGAAGGAGAUCUCUUCUGACGGAAACAUCAAUACUGUGGAUGUCAUAUUCCCUGCCCAUCCGAUAUUCUUGUACACGAACCCAGAGCUUCUGGACCUUCUACUCAAGCCCUUAUAUGAGUUUCAGGAGUCUGGAAAGUAUCCCAACUCUUAUGCAAUGCACGAUGUUGGGAGCAACUACCCUAACGCGACUGGCCACGCUGACGGUAAGGAUGAGGCGAUGCCUCUUGAAGAGUGCGGAAACAUGGUUAUCAUGUCAUUGGCAUACGCUCAAAGGGCGGGCGACACGGCUUAUCUUGAAGCCCACUAUGACAUGCUGAAUAGAUGGACAAGCUACCUGAUUGAGGAUGCGCUUUAUCCAUCAAAUCAGAUUUCCACCGACGACUUUGCUGGUAGUCUAGCAAACCAGACAAAUCUAGCUCUGAAAGGGAUAAUCGGCAUUAAAGCCAUGUCUGUUAUCAGCAAGAGGACCGCCCACUCUUCUGAAGCUUCCAACUAUACAACCAUCGCUCAUAGGUAUAUCCGGCAAUGGGAGAAAAUCGGCAUUGCCCACAAUGCGAACCCUCCCCAUACGACACUUUCAUAUGGCGCCAAUAACUCUCAUGGUCUUUUGUACAAUCUUUACGCUGACCGCGAGCUGGGACUCGACUUGGUACCGAAAUCAGUGUACGAGAUGCAGAGUGCAUUUUAUCCUACGGUACAGAAUACCUAUGGAGUACCGUUGGACAGUCGUCACACAUAUACCAAGGGUGACUGGGAACUGUUCACUGCCGCAGUCGCGUCAACCAGCACGAGGGACAUGUUCAUCAAGCUCCUUGCAAACUGGAUUAACUUGACUCCAACCAAUCGAGCUCUUACUGAUCUCUACGAUACCACUAGCGGAAACUAUCCAUCAAUUACCUUUAUUGCUCGACCCGUCAUGGGCGGCGCUUUCGCUCUUCUACUCCUCAAUCAGGGCAACUGA